AUGGACGACCUUGACAUGGACAUCGGUGCUCUCGUCAACCUCGAGCAAACCUUCUUCGACGAAGGGUACAAAGACGGCUACGCGCAUGGUCGUAUCCAUGGGCUCAUAGAAGGACGAGCUCUCGGCCGUGAAAAAGGCUUCGAAAUGUGGGAAGAACUGGGUUUCUAUGAAGGUUUCGCCAUGACUUGGCGGGCGAUUUUGGUGAAAGAUGGGAAGGGGAAAACUGAUGAAAAAAAGCUACACCACAUAUCGACCCUACUAAACCUCAUCGCCCAAUUCCCUACCAAAAACCCAUCGCCCACCUCGUCAGAAGUCGAUUUCCUAAAGCUACUCCGGCAGAUCAGGUCCAAAUACAAACUCCUCUGCGCAGUACUGGGCGUUCGACCGCGUCUGCAUGCGGCAGACGACGCACCAUCCAGCCCCUCAGCAUCGCCUCCUCAAAACACCAACGAUGCUGACGCGAUGGACGAGGACGGCAAGGUCAAGCGGAGAACGAAGCCCUCUGUGUGGAAGAUCGAACCCGAGAGCACGACGUCAGGGAAACCUGCGGCCAGUACAAAUGUAUACCCUCACGAGGACACCAAUGUAACCUACUAG